AUGAAUACAACAACGGAAAGCAUUCGGUGUCUUCUGGAGAGGACGACCCGAGUUGACCGACAAGAAGAGGGUAGCACAAGUUUGCGUGAAAUCGUGGUUGAGCCUGCUUUUGGCCCGUCGUCGCCGGUUCGCAGCUGCAACCUGACCGAGGCCCUACGCCAGGCAUCGCAUCCAACCGACACGGCUUCCGGCGCCAACUCGAGUCCCAACUGGCCUCCGACUGCCGCGCUCGGCUCAUCUGCCGUCGACCCGACCAGCCCAGCGCUCGUCUGCCCGCCUUCUGUCCGCGGGUUGUCCGACGACCCGGCGACCCUUCAACACAAUCUCGACGCCCUCGGCCAUGUCCAGUUGCAGGUGCAUCAGCCUCGUGCGUCGCUAUCGCAGACAGCCAACGCUUGCUUCCCCCCCAGGCCGUUGGCCAACCCGACGACACUUCUGUCCUCGGCUCGAGGCGGAGUUGCCAAGCGCCGGAUCAGCGGCACGGUGCUGCCAGUCACGGAGCAGAUCUGCCCCAGCCUCGGACACAGCGCCACGCCAAGUCUUGGCCUCACCCCCCCCGGCUCCAGAGUUGUCGGCGCCGCCUUCGUGUCCGGCUAUCCCCGCGCCGUGGGACGGGCAGUACCACCGUCGGCUCACAUGACUCCGAGCCUCGGCCACCCGGCAACAAGCGGGCCGCCGUUUCCCGUUGCCCCACAGCACGGCAGACCAACUCACUCCUGUUUAACGCCCGGCCAAGGGAGCGAAGAAGGUAGAUUUUCAAUCAGUCAAGCAAUCCUCAUUGUUGCCAAGCCGCCUACUCGACUGUAA